GUCACCAGCCUCGUCACAGCUCCUGCCACACGCCUAGGUGGUGAUAUUGGCUGUAGGAGUCCAUGUUGACGUAGCAGCAAGAGAGCAGGCUUUCAAAGAAAGGAGGAAGAUUAAGAGAGGGACUGAGGAAGAGGAGCACUUUGGUCUUUGAUCAAGUCUGUCAGCAAGAAACUGUAAAUACAGCCAGCAUGUCGACACCGGUCUCCCCAUCCCCCUCCCUGUCCCCGCUGGCCCUCUCCAGCUCCUCCGCCUCCCCCUCUCCCUCGGCGUCCCCCCUGCCCUCCCCUCUCUCCCCCCCACCCCGGGUGCCCGUCUUCCAGAGGAAGGGGGCCCUGAAACACAAGCGCAUCAUCGAGGUGAAGGACCACCAGUUCACCGCCCGCUUCUUCAAGCAGCCAACCUUCUGCAGCCACUGUACCGAUUUCAUAUGGGGGAUUGGAAAGCAGGGAUUCCAAUGUCAAGUGUGCGGGUUUGUGGUUCACAAGCGCUGUCACGAAUUUGUCACCUUUACCUGUCCUGGAGCUAUGACUGGCCCAAAAGCUGAGGAUCUGAAAAGCAAACACAAGUUCAAGAUCCACACUUACUCCAGCCCCACCUUCUGUGACCACUGUGGCUCUCUGCUCUAUGGCCUCAUCCACCAGGGCAUGAAAUGUACCAGCUGUGACAUGAAUGUACAUAAGCGUUGUGAGGCCAGUGUUCCGAGUCUGUGCGGCCAUGACCACACGGAGAAGAGAGGACGAAUUUACCUGUCUGUCAGAGGAGAGAGGGAGGAGAUUCAUGUUACAGUGCGAGAGGCCCGGAACCUGAUUCCCAUGGACCCAAACGGGCUCUCAGACCCCUACGUGAAGCUGAAGCUCAUCCCUGACCCCAAGAGCCAGAGCAAGCAGAAGACCCGCACCAUCCGCUCCACUCUCAACCCUGUGUGGAACGAGAGCUUCACUUUUUCAGUCAGAGGCCGGCAAUGGGAUCGACGUUUGUCAGUGGAGGUGUGGGACUGGGACCGCACCUCUCGGAAUGACUUCAUGGGGGCGCUGUCUUUUGGGGUGAGCGAGAUUUUCAGGCGUUCCGUCAGUGGCUGGUUUAAGCUGCUCAACCAGGAGGAAGGCGAGUACUACAACAUCCCUGUACCUGAUCAGGAUUUACAGGAAGCUCUCCCUCCUACCUCCCCCACACCUUCCUUGCCCCCACCCCCAGUAACCGUCCCAACCCCAGUAACAACCCCCACCCCCACCUGCCCCCCUCUCCUGUCCCCUGGGAAGGCCCGGGUGGGGCUGCAGGACUUCAACUUCCUCAUGGUGCUUGGAAAAGGGAGCUUUGGGAAGGUGCUGCUGGCGGAGGAGCGGGGCAGCGAGCGUCUGUUCGCGGUGAAGGUGCUGAAGAAGGACGUCCUGUUCCAGGACGAGGACACGGAGAGUGCCAUGGUGGAGCGCCGGGUGCUGGGCCUCACGGGACGACCCCACUUCCUCACCUCCCUGUACUGCGCCUUCCAGACCGAGGACCGCCUGUAUUACGUGAUGGAGUACGUUAACGGAGGGGACCUGAUGUUUCACAUCCAGAUCGUGGGCAAAUUCAAAGAGCCGCAUGCCGCGUUUUAUGCUGCUGAGAUAGCUGUUGGUCUCUUCUUCCUCCAUAACAAAGGAACCAUAUACAGAGAUCUAAAACUGGACAACGUGCUGUUGGACAGCGAAGGCCACAUCAAGAUUGCCGAUUUUGGGAUGUGCAGAGAGGGGAUGAUGGAGGGAGACACCACGCGCACCUUUUGCGGGACCCCUGAUUACAUCGCCCCUGAGAUAGUGGCCUACCAGCCGUAUGGAAAGGCUGUAGACUGGUGGUCUUACGGAGUCCUGCUGUAUGAAAUGCUGGCUGGACAGCCUCCCUUUGACGGAGUGGAUGAGGAGGAGCUGUUCCAGGCCAUUAUGGAACAGAGUGUCUCCUACCCUAAGAGCCUGUCCCGGGAGGCUGUGUCCAUCUGCAAGGGGCUCAUGACCAAACACCCGGGAAAACGUCUGGGAGGAGGAGAGGAUGCAGAGAGAGAGAUCCGAGAGCAUCCCUUCUUCCGCUGGAUUGACUGGGAGAGGCUGGAAAGACUGGAGAUCCAGCCCCCAUUCAAGCCCAGAACUGGAGGGAGGAAAGGGGAGAAUUUCGACAAGUUCUUCACGGCGGCCCCCUCGGCCCUCACCCCCUCUGACCCCGAUGUGCUGGCUGCCAUGGACCAGGACGACUUCCAGGGCUUUUCCUUCAUCAACCCUGACUUCCCCCUCUCCCCCCUGACUGCGGUCUGA